GCGGCUGGCAGCGCGGCGCGACGCGGCCUAAAUCACCCCGAGCUCCAGCGCGGGAGGCUGCCGCGGACGCCAGGGGAAACCUGGCGGCGAACCUCCCCGGUCGGUAGACAACACGACUUCUGGUCUCGGUUUCCUAGAGUGGCUGUGAAGACUACGGGCACAGAGGUGCAGAGCGAAUGGUUGGUGCCGAGUAAAUGGCGGAGGUGUGAUCAGCGUUGGAGAAGAUGCCAGCUCCAGGUACCACAUAUGAAAGAGUAGUUUACAAAAAUCCCUCUGAACACUACUACCUGAAAGUCUGUCUAGAAUUUCAGGAGCGUGGAGUUGUACUGAAUGCCGCACAGUUCAAACAACUGCUUAUUUCAGCCCUGAAGGACCUGUUUGGAGAGGUUGAUGCUGCCUUACCUUUGGAUGUCCUAACCUAUGAAGAGAAGACCUUGUCAGCCAUCUUGAGAAUAUGUAGCAGUGGCCUUGUCAAAUUGUGGAGCUCUUUGACCCUGUUAGGAUCCUAUAAAGGCAAGAAGUGUGCUUUCAGAGUAAUUCAGGUUUCUCCAUUUCUCCUUGCAUUGUCUGGUAAUAGUAGGGAACUAGUAUUGGAUUGA